GCUCCUCCCCUCUCUGGUCGGGCCCACCCCUCGGGUCUAGUACCGCCUCUUCCGCGUUCUCGGAGCGACCUGCAGAUUUUCCUGAAGCCAGAGGAAGCAAAAGCCAGUCAGGAAGUGAAGAAUGCCUGCUACCUCCAGAGACUGUUGAAACAUUUCCUGUAGCUGGAAGACAGCAGCCCUCCGACAGGAGCAUUAUUUCAUUAUUUCAUUUCAGUUUACAGAGGAUUUACUUCUCAGAAGUUGGGCAAGAGAUGGGCAGCAGUGAACCCCUUCCCAUUGCAGAGGGUGACAAGAGGAAAAAGAAGAAGCGGAAGGCCCGGGCCACUGACUCCUUACCAGGGAAGUUUGAAGAUAUGUACAAGCUGACCUCUGAAUUGCUUGGAGAAGGAGCUUAUGCCAAAGUUCAAGGUGCUGUGAGCCUGCAGAAUGGCAAAGAGUAUGCGGUCAAAAUCAUCGAAAAACAAGCAGGGCACAGCCGGAGUCGGGUAUUUCGAGAGGUGGAGACGCUCUAUCAGUGUCAAGGAAACAAGAACAUUUUGGAGCUGAUUGAGUUCUUUGAAGACGACACAAGGUUUUACUUGGUCUUUGAGAAACUGCAAGGAGGCUCCAUCCUGGCCCAUAUCCAGAAGCAGAAGCACUUCAAUGAGCGAGAAGCCAGCCGAGUGGUGCGGGAUGUGGCCGCUGCCCUUGACUUCCUGCACACCAAAGGCAUCGCUCACCGCGAUCUGAAGCCAGAAAAUAUAUUGUGUGAGUCUCCAGAAAAGGUGUCUCCAGUGAAAAUCUGUGACUUUGACUUGGGCAGCGGGGUGAAAUUGAACAACUCCUGCACCCCCAUAACCACACCAGAGCUGACCACUCCAUGUGGUUCUGCAGAGUACAUGGCCCCGGAGGUGGUGGAGGUCUUCAGGGAUGAGGCCACCUUUUAUGACAAGCGCUGUGACCUGUGGAGCCUGGGCGUGGUCCUCUACAUCAUGCUGAGCGGCUACCCCCCCUUCGUAGGUCACUGUGGGACCGAUUGUGGCUGGGACCGGGGAGAGGUCUGCAGGGUGUGCCAGAACAAGCUGUUCGAGAGCAUCCAGGAAGGCAAGUAUGAGUUUCCUGACAAGGACUGGGCACACAUCUCCAGCGAGGCCAAAGACCUCAUCUCUAAGCUCCUGGUUCGAGAUGCAAAGCAGAGACUGAGUGCUGCCCAAGUUCUGCAGCACCCCUGGGUGCAGGGGCAAGCUCCAGAAAGGGGACUCCCCACGCCGCAAGUCCUCCAGAGAAAUAGCAGCACAAUGGACCUGACACUCUUCGCGGCCGAGGCCAUCGCCCUCAACCGCCAGCUUUCUCAGCGUGAGGAAGACGAGCUGGCAGAGGAGUCUGAAUCCUUGGUUGAGGGCCUCUGCUCUGUGAGGCUUUCCCCGCCCUGCAAGUCACGCCUGGCCCGCCGGAGGGCCUUGGCCCAGGCAGGCCGCAGCAGUGACCCAGACCCAUGCCCAACUCCAGCCGCACUCUGACCUGCCCCAGCCACGGCUUCCCCAACCACGGCCUGCCAGAAGUGACCAGAGUCUGCAGAGUAAGCCGAGGAAGCUGCUGUGUGGCUCGGUCCUGUCAAAGGCCCUGAGGUUCCCACCCAACCCCCUAUCUCCCCAGAGUCUUCAAGGAAAAAGCUCCAUCCAAAGGGGUUGUCUUUGAAAAGGAAAGCAAUCACUUGUCACUUUGCAUAAUCGCCUGCGGCAGGGACAUCUCUCCACUGGGCUCCUGUCCACCU